AUGCUCCCCGUCACUUCGCUCGCAGCGCAGCGCGCCGCAGCGCCGCGAGCCAGCGACGCGCGGCUGCGUCUUUCGCGGCAAAGUGUGCCAUGCUGGCCAUGCUCCGCGGCGCCCCGGCGAGCGCAGCGGCCGCCCGCGCCCCAGGCCGCGGCAGGCGACGCGCACAUGCCUCACCGUGGCCACGCGUCGUCCUUCUCGACCAGGGGAGCGCCGUCCAGCAACGUUGCGGAGCGCGCCAAGGCUUUCCUUGCCACCAUUCUCGACCCCGUGCCAGGCGAUGCCAAGGCGUCCCGUUUCGUCGGGGCGCUGUGCGGAGUGCAGUUCCUGUGGACGCUUUCGGGCAUCAUGGUGCAGUCCUACCUGCCCGUCUACCUCAAGGAGACUCUGCAGCUCUCAAACACGAAAAUUGGGGACCUCGAGGCUCUCUCGUUGCUUAUGCAGAAGGUGUGCAACUUCUCGUCCGGCAUCGUCGGCGACAUGGUGGGCCACAAGGGCAUCAUGCUCUUCGGGGCGGCUCUGUACGCCCUCGGCCGGCCGAUGUUCGCGGUGACGGGCAGCGUGUACACCGCGGUGGGCGCGGUCGGCGUCGUGUACUGGCUGACGGCGGCGCGCGUGCUCGACCGCGUCACGAAAGGGUUCCGUGACACGCCGAUCAAGGCGCUGAUCGUGCAGCGCGCCGGCAGCAACGCCGCCGUCGCGCUCGCCUCGAAGGCGGCGUACCAAAACCUAGCGCUGGCGCUCGGCGGCACGUUCGCCGGCAUUCUCUUCCAGCUCACGGGCCAGAGCUUCGUCACCAACUUCACCCUCGCCGUCGUCCCCGCCAUCGCGGCGCUCGUGCUCUGCUACACCGUCCCCGACCCCGCCGCGGAAGCGCUCGCCUCGAACGACGAGGCCCCGGCUCCGACCGCGGCCAGCACCCCCCAGACCAAACCCGCCGCCGCCGCUGCCACGCGCGGCGGGAUGCUCGAAAAGGCGAAGAAGAUGUUCGCGCUCGCGACGUCGGGCGCGCUGCAGCCGGCGUACUGGCAGGCGGUGGCGGUGUUCGCGGUCCUCUUCAUCGCGCGCUUCGAGGCGUCGUUCGUUUCCAUCCGCAUGGUCUCGGUCGGAACGCCCAAGGCGCUGCUGCCGAUGAUCGCGUCGGCGGCGCUGCUGGCGCAGUUCUUCAUCGGGAAGCUCAUGGGCGCGUGGGUCGACAUCAAGGGGCAGUUCUCGAGGCCGGAGGGGUUCACGGUCGAGGAGCACAUGCGACGGAGGAACACGUCGUUCGUGGCGGGCUUCGCCGCGCUCGUGGCCGCGAACGCCGCGUUCGUCUUCCUCGGGUCCGUCCCGGGCAUGGUCGUGGGCUACUUCCUGAUCGCCCUGCACAUGGGCAUGACGCACGCGCUGAUCGGCGCGACGCUGCAGUCGUACGUGCCCAAGGAGCUGAAGGGCACUGCCUUUUCGCUGUUUGACAUCACGGCCGCGGGAUCCCUGUUCCUGGGCAACAUGAUGGCGGGCCGCACGGCGACGUUCACGGAGAACCUCGGCUGGGGGCCCGUCGGGUGCUUCCUCAUGGGCGGCGGCGCGACCACCGUGGCUUUGGCCAUGCUGAUAGUGUUCCUGAAGUUCGGGGAUCUUGGGAAGGCGGAUCGGAUCGUGGCGCUCAAGGCGAAGGCGUGA